UGAUCAUACCACUGUACUUCAGCCUGGACAACAGAGUGAGACUCUAUCCCAAAUAAAGAAAAUAGAAAAGAAAAUCAAAGGGAAGCAAAAUCACUCAGUCUCACUACCUCAAGAUAUCCUCUAUAAGCUGGUAUUUUCGUGUGGUUCCUAUCAUUUUCUACGUCAGUUCUCUAAAUUGAGCAAAAUCUUUGGGAUGUCAAACCUGAAAUCCCCUUUACUUCCUUGGAAACCCUGUAGCAUUAGUCCAGACAUGUCCCUACUCCUCCUUGUGGUAAAGAGAAGAAUCUCAUCUUUGGUCCCCAGAGUUCUGGCCUAAGCCUCCCUCUAGGAGGGAAGAUGAGUGUUCAGACACUCAGGGUACCUGGGGGAGACACAGGCCUGGUGAAAUUAUCCUGGCUCAACUAUUAGGCCGGCAGAAUCCCAGUGAAAGGAGCCGUACCCCUGAGGCCCAUCUAAGCUUUGGCUAGGGGUGGGGCAGAUAAGCACGAAUCCAUCCCUGUAGGCUCAAUGCCAACACCCUAUGGUGAAACUCUUGAUGAAACCUGAGGCCAGGGCCCCAGCAAGCAGGGAAAGAAGGUUGGCAACAGAGGUCUCCAUCUCUGAGGACUCUGCCAGGGGUCAGAGGUGGGGCAAUGGUCAAAAGGAAGGAACAGGCCAGGCACAGUGGCUCAUGCCCAUAAUCCCAGCAGUUUGGGAGGCUGAGGCAGGAGAAUUGCUUGAGCCCAGGAGUUUGAGACCUGCCUGGGCAAUGUAGUGAGAUCCGGUCUCUAUUUAAAAAAAAAAAGAAGGAACAGGGAAACUUCGGAGAGACAGGCUAGGGGAGGCAUCACGUAGCUGGGAUUGCUGCCCCAUAAAACAGAAUGGUAUGUGUCACUGCCACCUCCCUUUCUCAGUCCUCUCUCUCCCCAGGUUGCUAGCGUCCCCCCUGGGGGAUCAAACUGGACUGCUUCCCAGCCUCAGACAGAGAGCAGUCUGAGUCAGGCAGGAAAGUGGGACAGCCGGGGAGCUGGACCCCACCCUCUGUGAACCCCACUGGUACCUGAUGGCAUGUGGCUUGGAGAGGGCAAGUGACCUGGUGUGGAGGGCCAGAGGGUAAAUCCUCAAACAAGUGGCAACAGGCCACCAACUUGAAAGGGAAAAUUGUGUAGUGAUGGGAAAUGUGUCCAACAAACCUACUGGGUGACUAAUUACAAAGGCUGGGCUGGAGCGUCAGAGGCUGCUUGUUAAACACUUCAUUAAGUGGCACUCUGAAAGCUGCCACCUGCACAUUCUGGGAGCUCAGAGGGGACCCUGAGGGGGAGUGAGGCCUGAGGGAUGGAACCAUCUUCAGGUAGAUUGAGAAAGAGCCUGGACUUCACUUCCAAACACAGCCUGUAUCUCACUUCCAAACACAGCCUGGAGCUCAUAGGUCAGAGACUUCAACCGGAGAAAAGCUAAAGGAAGCAGGGUGCAGAAAGGAGUUUCAGGGCAGUGGUGGCCAUGUGACUUUGAGCAAAUCUCACCCCUCUCUGAGACUUUGUGUUCCCAUCUCUGUGGUCCUGUGUGUGUCACAGAGACAGUGGGGAUUAAAUUCGAUUGUGAAUAUGAAAGUGCUUGGGAAACUCUAUGGCCCUACCUAAACAUGAGUUAUCCUCACCUGAACCAAAGGGAGAAGUUACCUGGCAGGAUUAGGAACCCCAUCCUCCUGAACCUUUAUGGGCUCUGUCCAGGCAGAAGCAGCCAGGGGCUAAAGCCGCCCUUAGCCUCUGUAAGGGCACUGUGAAGGAGGAUCUGAUUUGAGAAGCCAGGCAGUUUCCUGAUGUGAGCAGCCAUAUGAUGCCAGCCCCGAACAAGAGGGGGCAGCCUGGAGCCUGGAAAGGUGCCUGUGCAGAGCCAUGGAGAGAGCCAGUCUGAUCCAGAAGGCCAAGCUGGCAGAGCAGGCCGAACGUUAUGAGGACAUGGCAGCCUUCAUGAAAGGCGCCGUGGAGAAAGGUGAGGAGCUCUCCUGCGAAGAGCGAAACCUGCUCUCAGUAGCCUACAAGAAUGUGGUGGGGGGCCAGAGGGCUGCCUGGAGGGUCCUGUCCAGUAUUGAGCAGAAAAGCAACGAGGAGGGCUCGGAGGAGAAGGGCCCCGAGGUGCGUGAGUACCGGGAGAAGGUGGAGACUGAGCUCCGGAGCGUGUGCGACACCGUGCUGGGCCUGCUGGACAGCCACCUCAUCAAGGAGGCUGGGGACGCGGAGAGCAGGGUCUUCUACCUGAAGAUGAAGGGCGACUACUACCGCUACUUGGCUGAGGUGGCCACUGGUGACGACAAGAAGCGCAUCAUUGACUCAGCCCGGUCAGCCUACCAGGAGGCCAUGGACAUCAGCAAGAAGGAGAUGCCGCCCACCAAUCCCAUCCGCCUGGGCCUGGCCCUGAACUUUUCCGUCUUCCACUACGAGAUCGCCAACAGCCCCGAGGAGGCCAUCUCGCUGGCCAAGACCACUUUCGACGAGGCCAUGGCUGAUCUGCACACCCUCAGCGAGGACUCCUACAAAGACAGCACCCUCAUCAUGCAGCUGCUGCGAGACAACCUGACGCUGUGGACGGCGGACAACGCCGGGGAAGAGGGGGGCGAGGCUCCCCAGGAGCCCCAGAGCUGAGUGUUGCCCGCCACCGCCCCGCCCUGCCCUGCCCCCUUCAGUCCCCCACCCUGCCGAGAGGACUAGUAUGGGGUGGGAGGCCCCACCCUUCUCCCCCAGGCGCUGUUCUUGCUCCAAACAGCUCCGUGGAGAGGGACUGGCAGAGCUGAGGCCACCUGGGGCUGGGGAUCCCACUCUUCUUGCAGCUGUUGAGCGCACCUAACCACUGGUCAUGCCCCCAGCCCUGCUCUCCGCACCGCUUCCUCCCGACCCCAGGACCAGGCUGCUUCUCCCCUCCCUCUUGCCUCACUCCUGCCCCUGCUGCCUCUGGUCGUAGGAAUUGAGGAGUGUCCCGCCUUGUGGCUGAGAACUGGACAGUGGCAGGGGCUGGAGAUGGGUGUGUGUGUGCGUGUGUGUGCGCGCGCGCCAGUGCAAGACCGACAUUGAAGGAAAGCAUGUCUGCUGGGUGUGACCAUGUUUCCUCUCAAUAAAGUUCCCCUGUGACACUC